AUGCCACCCAAUACUGUUGUUGCCACUACUACUGGUUCUUUAAGCGAACCUGCUACCAAGUAUAAUGAAGAUGAUGUGUUUACAUGGGAGCAAGUAUACCACUACGUUUCUACCAACCAGAUAAAGAACAUUCACCGCAAUAAACAAGUACAAACGGUGUAUGAUGCAUGGAUGAAGGAUACUCUGGCCAAGUAUGGUACGAUUGAAAAAUACUUGUUGACUACCAAGCUCAAGUUUGAAGCAAUGACGGACCCAAACUGUCCACCUGUGAUUAUUCUCCCCAACGAUUUCCCUUACUCUGUUACCCCAGGUAUCCAUCAUAUUCUCUUAUGGUCCCAAAUACCCUUGACUCGUCUCUAUAUCCAACACAUCCUGGACACAAAGUAUGCUGAAUUUGAAUGCGUCUAUUUUGUGAAUCCACCCGAGAUUCAAAGUGUACGAAAAUUACCUCAUGUCCAUGUCUUUAUGAGACGCCGUUUUUAA